AUGGGUCGCAACAACCCUGGCGUGCCUCGCCUCCCUAGUUUGAAGGAGCGUAAUGCAGGAAAACGACGCGCACAGCCUCCUCCUCGCGCCGACCUCGACACCCAAAUGGCCUCGGAGCCGACACUAUCAUCGCUCGCCGCCCAAGCCGCGUCGUAUAUCAUGGAUGACGACGCAUACACCACCCCCGGAGACCCCUCGUCCUCGAAGGGCGCCCCGAGGUCAAAGGAGCAGCUGCGCCGGCACUACGUUCGCGCCCUGCACAAGGUCAUCGACGAUGCGGACAUCAUCGUGCUCGUUCUGGAUGCGCGAGAUCCGGAGGGCUGCCGAAGCAGGCUCGUGGAGGAGGAAGUGCGUCGGAGAGAAAGCGAGGGCAAGAAGCUGGUGUUUGUGCUGAACAAGAUCGACCUUAUCCCCAAGGAGAACGCGCAGGCAUGGCUGGCGUUUCUCCGGCACGCUACCCCCACACUGCCGUUCAAGUCGGCGAGCAACAAUCAACGAUCGAACCUCUCCUCCUCGACUGCGCCCGCGCUAAUGAGGUUGCUCAAGGCGUACAAGCCUACGGCUCAGAGCAUCACGAUUGGCAUUGUCGGUUACCCCAACGUCGGUAAGAGCAGCCUCAUCAAUUCGCUCAAGCGUUCGAAGGUGUGCGCCGUUGCUGCGCAGCCCGGCCACACAAAAGAGCUGCAAACUGUGCAACUUGAACGCGGCCUGCGCAUCAUCGACUCGCCUGGAGUCGUGUUCGACGAAGACGACUUUGACGACGGCAAGAGCAAGCGGAAGGGUAACCUGCUCCUCCGCAACGUCGUCAAGGUCGAAGACAUUGAGGACCCCGUCGAAGUUGUGGGAGAGAUCCUCGCGCGCACCGACCCCGAGCUGAUCAAGAAGCUGUACAAGGUCGAAGACUACACCUCGCCCCUCGAGUUCCUCACCAUGGCCGCGCUCGUCUCCGGCCGGCUUGCGAAGGGCGGCGCCCCCGACCUGCUCGCGACUGCCCGGCACGUCCUCAACGACUGGAACCACCAGAAGAUCCCGUACUUCUCCCAGCCGCCCGUGCUGCACCCCUCGCUCGUGCCGUCGACCGUGCCCGGCACCGCGGGCGCACAGGUCGCGCCAGGCGCAGAGACCGUCGGGCAGGCGCAGAUCGUGACCGAGCUCGCGCCCGCGUUCACGCUCGCAGGCCUCUUCGGCGCCGCGGACGCGGGCGCGUUCGGCGGUGACGGUGCGGACGCGGUGAUGGACAUGGACGUUGCGGACGCCCCGGAGGGCGAGCCGGCGGAGGAGUCCAUGGACGAGGACGGCCGACAGAUGGAGUCGGACGACCUCGCGCACCGCGUCCCCCGCAAACGCUCGCGCUCGCCCUCCGUGAGCACGGUCGCGACCCCGACGGCGAGCGAGCGCGACGGCGCGCGGCCGCACGCGCCGAAACGGCUGCGGCGCUCGCGCGACGCGGAGGUGGACGAGACGGCGAAGCGGGGGAUGGCGGGCGCGAACCCGCUCGGGCGGCGGGUGCUCAAACGAGAGGCGAAGAAGGCGCGGCAGGCGGCGACUCGCGCGGCGCGUGCGGCGGGACGGAGGAUGGAGGUGGAUGAAGUCGAGGGGUUGGGGGAGACGUUCAUGGGUUGA